AAAAUUUUGAAUACAGCAUCCAGCUGAACGACCGAGACUGGGCUGAAUUUUACUUCGUCUCCGAAGAGUGCCGCUUGGUCCCUCCGGCCUUGGCUACUGCUGAAGAACAGCUCCUGAGUGAUCCCGAGGAAGGGGAGGCAGAAGGAAAAAAGGGGCCCUUAGCCCACCCAAAAGCCAGCCGCCUCUCCGUCGGCGUCCCAAGUGGGCACCUGCUUGCAGAAGAUGCUUUCUCUGGCAGCGAAGAAGAAACCGACUUAGGCUCCGUCAGUAGGUUUCUCUGCAGAAGCCAACAAGCUUUUCGGACUUCCCAGCCCUUCCCAAGUCCGUUCUCCGGCCUCCCUUUGGACCCUCCUCUGCCAGGACGCACCACUGGCUCUGUCCCUCUCUUCGUCGCUGGAGAAGAAGGCUUAGGAACAGUAGCUUGGCCCAUGGAUCCCAACACUAAGGCGGAAGCCUGCCUCACCCAAGAGAGGGAUUCACAGGAGCCACAUCCAAGGCCGGAGACGGGAGGAAAAUCUUUGGUGUGCUCCCCUCUCGGUUCGAGUCCCGCGGCGACAACGGAGAGUCCAGAGGGAGCAGCAAAUGGCUUGGAAUUAAAGUACUCCCAAGAAGGCCACACUUCCCUGACCACUUCUGCAGCCUGCAAAUUCCCAGGGUCAACGAGCAACACCGCUGAUUCUGGAAAACGUGAAUUUCCCAAUUCCCUGCGCGAGGCAGCUCUGGAUCCCAGCUCCCUGAGUGAUUCUUCUCUCCUUUCUCCAACCUCUGGAGAAGUUGAGAAUCCAGAAAAGGACGUUGAGUGCCUCCAGGUUGCCUUGAGGAUGUCCUCAUUCCAGGAAAAGCAUUCUCCUUCUUCUCAAGGACAUUCGGUCCAGGGGACACCACUGUUGGUCAAGAGUAGAGCAAGGACUUCUGGAAAGGAAGGAGGGGAUGUCCUGGAAACAGGGAAGGGAGCAGAGCACAGCAGGAGAUUAAGCCCUCAUACUUUUCAAGAGGGAGACCAAGCCAAGGACAACGGGGUGGAAGGAUGCCCAGAGGUCCUAGAAGAAGAUGGGUCUCCAGAACCGGAGGUUGACCACAGAGGAUGGUCAGGAAAGAUGGAAAGGCAGAAUAAUGGAGAACCUUGUCCACAUCUUGCCAUGGCCAUCCCACCUGAAGGAGAGGCCCUAACUAGGACUCAAGAAAACCCGAGUCUUCUUCCCUACCAUCUGAAUCCAAAGGACUCUUCAGAAGGAACUUUAACCGACAUGACUUGGCCCGAGGUGUACGACCAUUUCUUCUCCGAGGACCUCCACGAAGUAGAGAGGCCACCACCAUCACAAGAGGGGAGACCGGGGAAGACCAGCCAUCAAUCAGAGCUACCGGCAGGUCCGGAAAUGUACGAAUAUUUCUUCCAGGAUGUAGGUGACUCUAUUAUUGAAGAGGAGAUGUGGAGCCAAGUUGGUCCUUCAGACACAUCUUUCAGCUCUGCCCAUGGUUUGGCUCCAUCCAGGGAUUUCGAAGACCCGCCGUCCAAUACGAGCUCCGAUCCCAUGGGAUUCCCAGAAGUGUGCGAGCACUUCUUUGCGCAACAACCACAAGACAAGGGCAGCCGGAGUCUGAACAUUAUGGCCGUGCCAACUUCCGAGUUACGGAAGGUCCUGAGAGCAGUAACAUCCCUUGUAGGUAGGCCAGUGCGCUUUCUCAGAUCACGGCCAAAGCGGAGAGGAUCUCAAGGGAGAGUGAUGCUCGUAUCUCCGACACUUCUGGACGGAACAUCGCCAAGAGCAGAAAACCUUGGGGUAGCUGUCUUUAAACCAGAGAGGCCUCUUCAGCUGGUCCUCGCGCCCAGAGAUCUAUGCCUGGGAUUUGUGGCGUUGGCGUCUUGGGCUGUGAAAACCUCCGACCUCCACGCUCCAGAUGCUUGGAAGAUUGUGAUGCUGGCUAAUUUUGGUACCCUCUCGGCCAUCCGGUGCUUCAGGAGGCAGGUGGUCACGGAAAGUCACCAGGGCUCUUAAGGAGAUGCCGAGCCCAUCCCAUUCGGUCCCUGAAGGAAGGCCUUUCCCCAUCGCUUCCAGCAAAGCAAGAAAGCAAAGUUUGUGGCCCAAACUUUACUGGCAGGGAACGAGGUGAGAAAGAAAGGAGAGGAAACCUUCCCUAAAAAACCAGUUUUAGUUACCAUCUACCUGUUGGGAUCUACCUAGCCUGUGCCUCAAAUCAAUCCACCCUUCCUUCCUUCCUUCCUUCCUUCCUUCCUUCAUCUCCCCUUCAGUCUUUUCUUUGUGUUUCU